AUGUCGGCCGACAAGACUAUUGCUGCUUCUGCAACUGAGAAGCUUCAAGUUAUUCCUGCAGUUCCUGUAGCCGCACAAGUACCGACAGGUCUUGCAUUAUACAGCAGAUUUGCUUUUGCUGGCGCCGUAUGCUGUGCUGUUACCCAUGGCGGUCUCACUCCAGUUGAUGUCGUAAAGACUCGUAUUCAACUUGAGCCAACCGUAUACAAUAAAGGCAUGGUUAAUGCCACUCGCCAAAUUAUCCGUAGUGAAGGUGCUGGUGCACUUCUCACUGGCUUUGGCCCGACAUUUAGUGGUUACUUCCUUCAAGGCGCAUUAAAGUUUGGUGGUUACGAGUUCUGGAAAAAGACCUUUAUUGACGCUGUUGGCUACGAAAAUGCUGUAAAUAAUAGAACUGCGAUAUAUCUUUCGUCUGCUGCCGUCGCUGAAUUCUUUGCAGACAUCGGUCUGUGCCCACUGGAAGCAACUCGCAUUCGUCUUGUGUCUCAGCCCACUUUUGCUACUGGGCUUUUUAGCGGAUUUAGUAGACUGUUGCGAGAAGAGGGUGUAAUUCGUGGAUUUUAUUCAGGAUUUGGGCCUAUUCUUUUCAAGCAAGUACCGUAUACGAUGGCAAAAUUCGUGGUAUAUGAGAGAGCUGCUGAAAGUUUUUACUUCGCCCUUGGCAAGCCAAAGAGCGAAUUAUCUAACUCUACGAAUACAGCCAUUAAUUUAGGCUCAGGUCUUAUUGCUGGUAUUGCUGCCGCCAUCAUAUCUCAGCCCGCCGAUACUCUCCUUUCCAAAAUCAACAAACAGAAAGGCGGAGAAGGUUCUAUCUCCUCACGCCUAUGGGGUCUUGCAAAAGAGCUUGGACCUAGAGGAUUGUUUUUGGGUCUUGGUGCUCGUAUUGUUAUGGUUGGAGCUCUUACUGCUGGCCAGUUUGCUAUUUAUGGUGAUGUUAAACGUCUUCUAGGAGCUACUAAUGGCAUUGAGCUCGCCAAGCCUAGUUCUUAG